AGUUCAUGCAAAGGGGUGUUGAGGCUGAAGUGAGGAAGACACUGGAGGAAAAACAGAAGAUGAACACCGGGGAACUGCAGUGGAUAAUCAAAUCCAGGAAUGACUUAAGAUCUACUGCUUCGGCUGUAGUGAUUAAUCCCAGUUGGGUGGAUGCAUUGGGACUGAUGGAGAGUGGGCGUCGAUCGUUCGGGAAGUUUAACAAAGAGAUUGAGAAGCUGAAGAAGGCCACGUAGGCUUAUGGCUGCGACAUAGAAAAUACUUUCGAAUGUACCUGUAGAUGCAGUCGUGCAUCUACAGGCAUAUCAAAUCACGGAUACAUAUUCCCGCUCAGGGGAGCAACGGCUUAGCCAACUGAGACGUUAGCGAACGUUUGUUAACAUUUAAUAUACCAUAGACAAUUAAGUAAUCAAGUACCUCUAGCAGCGAUGGUGGAUGUGCCUUCCGUUGGGCGUUCGCGUGGAUCUGUUCACACUCUGUCGGAUCGACCCUCUUAUGAAUAGAUGGCAUUCAUCACGCUGAUACGAGAAUAAAUAUUAGACGCCACACUAAAGCCAAAAAGGACUAAGUCCUGGCCGAAUGUUGGGAUACCAUAUAUCAGC